AUGCCCGCCCCUAUGCACCCCCAAGCGAAGUUCGACCCCAUCCCGCCAGAUUUAGACCUCCAUGGCCUCGUUGAAAAUACCCCGAACUUGAGCUGGGUCGUCCGUAUCAGCACGGCGCAAAUCCGGAAUCUCAGCCAGCAGGAGUUCGAGAAUCUGGUGAACAUUCAUGUGAUUCAGCAGGGGCGGCCUCUCGUUAUUUCGGGAUGGGACGAAGUGCUUCCCAAAGAUCUGUUUAGCGCCGAGUGGCUAGAGCAAACUUACGACAAGAAACAGGAAAAUGUUCGCGAUAUCAACUCACAGAAAGAUAUUCCCAUGACCCUCGGUCAUUACAUGCGGUCUAUGAAACAACUCACGAAGCAAUGGACUCCCACGAAUUUUCGAGAAGAGCGCCGUCAGCGACUAUACCUCAAGGAUAUCGAUUGCCCUCCCGAGUGGCACGAGACUCUACAAAAGAUCAUCCCACCAAAUAUUUUUUACAUGAACGAGAACAUCACCGAUAAAGGCGGGAACGAGUCCAAUAACGGUAGAGAUGGCGAGCUGUUCAGGACUCAGGUCCAGUCCGCGCCAGCGGGUGACCUCAUGUCCAGCCUCCCGGAGCAGAUGCGCGCUCAGAAUCUCAUGUGUUACGUCGGUCACGAGGGAACGUAUACGCCUGCCCAUCGCGAAAUGUGCGCCAGUUUAGGCCAGAAUAUCAUGGUCGAGGCAUCCGGGACCGAAAACGACGAGAAACCCGGAAGCUCGAUUUGGUUCAUGACGGAAACCAAGGAUCGCGAGGUUGUCCGUGAGUACUUUCUCUCUAUGCUCGGUCACGACAUUGAGAUAGAGAAGCAUUUUGCGCAAAUCAAUGCUUGGAAGAAGGCCACGUUUCCCGUAUACGUGGUCGAGCAAAAGCCCGGCGAUUUCAUUCUUAUCCCGCCCCUCGCCCCUCACCAAGUCUGGAACCGAGGCACGCGCACUAUGAAGGUCGCUUGGAAUCGAACGACGGUCGAGACUUUGGAAAUGGCUAUACGGGAAGCGCUCCCCAAGGCCAAGUUAGUGUGUCGGGACGAGCAAUACAAGAACAAGGCCAUUAUCUACUACACUCUCAAGAAGUACGCUGCGGAGCUCUCCAAAUCGGAAGAGAGCGAUGAAAUGGGGCUACUCGGACUUGACGCGGAUCUUAUCCGCACCUCACCAAGGACCGAGCAGCUUACCCGUGAUUUCAGGCGGCUAUUUGCCCUCUUCUCCGAUAUACUCACCGAUGAGAUGUUUGCGACAAAGGAAAAGGAUGUGGAGUUUAUACCGUUCGACUCUUGCAUUACCUGCUCAUACUGCCGCAGCAACAUCUUCAAUCGAUUCCUUACAUGCAAGCAUUGUAUUCGGCCUCUGCUUGACGGAGAUGAGGAUACGUACGAUGUUUGCAUGGAAUGCUAUGCCAUGGGUCGCUCUUGUCUUUGUGUCUCGGGCCUUCGGUGGUGCGAGCAAUGGAAUUGGUCCGAACUGGUAGACAAUUACGAACACUGGCGGACCAUGAUAAUUCGGAGCGAUGGCUUUGUCGAUUUGGAGAAUUCGCCGCUGCCCCUCGAACUCGCGCGUCGGCGCAGAGGCAAGAAGUCGCUCGCCCAGGUGUGCCAGGAGGCACUCAAGAGGCGCCCUUUCAAGGACAUAACCAAGCCUGAACCCGAAAGAGUGCCGAGCGAGUCGGAACCAGAACUUGAUGAUGAGGGUCGGCCAAAGAAGAAGAAAAGGAGGAGAAAACCCAAGGUGGGCGAGACUCGACGCUGCCACGUCUGCUGCCACCCGGAAUACACAUACAAGGUGCAAAUAUGUUCCAAUCCGGAAUGCAGCGAGGCCUAUUGUUAUGGUGUGCUGUACAGAGCCUUCGAUAUGAUGCCGCAAGCUGUGCAGGAGAGCGAGUAUUGGGAAUGUCCCAAGUGCCUGAAGAUAUGCAACUGCGGAGGUUGCCGACGGUCAGGUGCCACGCAACCGUAUGUGCCUAGGAAUACUCUGCUUGGGCAUGAUACUCGGCCGAUUGCCGAUGAUCGAAGCGUUGAGGUCCUUGUCGAUUUCCGGAUGCAUAAUCUCACCUGGCUCAAGGUCAUGGGCGAGGAGAGCCGAAGCAAUAAUAGCAGGCGCAUGCAGCGUCUGCGAGAGCAGGCUGACAUUGCCAAGUCCCAGGAUCCAGGUUUGGUGACGAACGAAGUCCUGUCUCAGGAAGCCCAGAACGUUGCCGGUCCUCCACUUCUGCCUCCCCCGUCGACCAACGGUCAUAACGCUGACAAUGACGGGGACGUGGAAAUGACGGGUAACGGUCAUGUUAUUGCAGAUGACCACCUUGGACCAGAUGUGAUUAGACCAGAAGGUCCUACUCUACCGCCUGAUCACCCGCUUGCCCUUGUUGAAGCAGCGCUUUUGGAAGAGGGUGACACGUCAACGUCAUACCCCGAUCCUUCAAUGAUGGGUCCUCAGCGCAUGAUUGGUAUGGGUUACUACGAGCAGGAUGACAGUCCAGAUAAGAUUCUCUUUGACCCCUACCAGAUGCCGACCGCUGAGAGCAUGGUCUUGGACGAGCCGGAUGUCCCCGAGUAUCUUAAGAAGUCUAUUAGGGCGCUCAAGCGCAAGGCUCGACAAGAAAACGAAGAUCCAGAGUUUAAGAUUCGCCCCCGUUACGAAAGGAAGAAGCCGAGGAGGGAUCCCCACGAAAUUGAAUUCAUCGAGGUUGAUCCGGCGCUGUUUGCCACGCCUAGACGAAAGGCAGCGGAGGCGAACCAUGGGGAGGCUGCCUCUGCUAGUAACGGUGCCAAUGUCGCGGGAGAUUCCGAGGCUGGCAGUAGCGUUGGCGAGGAGGAGGCCGAUGAGAUCUACAGACCCUCUCUUCGUGGAGCGAAACCCCUUCAUUCAUAUGCGGACUUUGAUGAUCUGGAUGAACUCCUAGACGACCCCAACAACCUUGUACCCGCACGCGAGCCAGGUGAACCACCGCGACGCCCACGGCCUAGAGAGCCCACGAACGGGGCCACACCUACACCUAAGAAACGGGGCAGGCCGCCACGAAGCGCCAAUGCAGCGACGACUAGUCCUGCAACCGGUUCACCGGCGGCGGAGGGCACUUUACCUAGGAAGCGCGGGCGACCCAAGUCGAGGCUUAGCAAUGUGGUCUCCGCCGCUGAUGCAGACGCUGAAGCCGCCGAACUUACGACCGCCCCGCUAGCUACUAUGGAGACUGUGGAAGCGGAUGACUACAAGACGCUUGAUGAUGAGCUGCAGGUGCUCGCGGCUGAUCUGGAAAAGGAACUUGAGAGAGACUUGGGGCACAACGUCGAUGAUGCGGAAGAAGUAAAUGAAAGCGUCGAGCGUAGCGUUUCCGGUUCUGUCGACAUGACGGGGGCGGUCAAUCCCGUCCCAGUAAAGCGAAGACCCGGCCGACCUAGGCGCUCGGAAACUAGUGUUAGCGUCCUUUCGCAAUUUGAGGAACAGGCGGGGCCCGUUGUUAAGAGACCUCGAGGUCGUCCUCGUCGCUCCGAAACUGCGCCCUUGCGAGAUUCGUCUCGAUCACCUUCGGCGCCUACUGAGGCCGUUAAAAGACCUAGGGGCCGUCCUCGUCGAUCCGAGCACGCACAUGCGGUCUUGCGGGAUGCGUCUCGAUCGCCUUCGCCGCCGGUCUCUGCGCCUCCGAGUAGCAUGAAGAUGAUGUCCAUGGCCGAACGCAUGAAGUUGAAGGGCAAGAAGUUUAAGAUUGGCCAGCGUAAGCCUCAGGCGUCGGCUUCUUCGUCGACCAAGACUACCCCGGUACGAGCGUCCAUCUCAGCAUCGAAGGGGGCGGAUGAAGAACCAGUCACGAACCAAUUGAAUGAAGAAAAGGAGCAACCGAAGAAGAUCCCCCACGGCAGGAAAGAGCUCGUCGACAACGCCUACAAUCCGGCAGCGGGUUCUGGCGGUAGUUCCCCAGAGAAUUCUGACGAGGAGUCGGACUCGGACGCCGGUACUCCCGAGCUUCCAUCGCCGCCUAGAAGGUGGACCGUUGCGGGGCGAUCUUCGGGACCUACUGUUGUGAAGCUCGGAGAUGUCGAAAGCGACGAGGAAGGGCAGGAGGAUGAGGAGGAGGAAGAUGACCUCCCGUCUUCUGACGAUGAUUUUGACGAUGGGAUCCCGGCAAGGAGGGCUCGUGGUGGGGCUAGGGGUAGGGGCACCCGCGGUCGUGGGAGGGGGCGUGGACGGGGGAGGCCUAGGGGACGACCGCGACGGGAUAGCUAG